AUGGCGAGCAGCACCUCCCCCUCGAAGCAGGUGCCGGCGCCUGUAGCGUACCUGCGCAGCCUGCCGUCGAUCCGAGAACGGUGCCGCAAGGUCUUUGAGGUGGCAUCGACGUCCGACGGCCUCGAGUACCUGCGCUACGACGCGAGCCGCGAGUCGGCCGUCGUCGACUUCUGCAUCUCGAUCAUGCAGCGCGACUUUGGCACCAACUACGCCAGCAUCCCUCCGCACGGACGCUGGCGCCACUUCGACGUUGGACCCCUGCCCCGCAUCACCACUCUCCUCAGUCAGUGGGCCGGCGUCGGUCCACAGGCCGCCGCCGGUACGGAGGGAGAAGGUGGUAAGAGGGUGGAUGCGAAGGAGGCGGCGAGGAGGCUCGUCGACCUCUUCAUCGUCAGCGUCCUCCUCGACGCCGGCGCCGGCACGAAGUGGAAGUACGAGGAGAAGAAGACGGGCUUGCAGUUUGCCAGGUCCGAGGGACUUGCCGUGGCCAGCCUCGACAUGUUCCUCGAAGGUCGCUUCUGCGGCGACGAAGGAGGUGCUGCCGACCAGCAGCAGAUCGGCGCCAGGCACAAGGUCGAUGCGCGAGGCCUGCUCAACCUCUCCGCCGACACGCUGGCCAUGGACAUGCAGGUGCACCCCGAGUCGAACCCGAUGACGGGCCUCGAGGGACGCUCGGAGCUGCUCGUGAGGCUCGGCAAGGCGAUUUCGGAGGAUGCCCACGGCUUCUUCUCCGGCGACGUCGCCGGCGGUGACCCGCUGUCGCGUCGACCGGGCAACCUGGUCAACUACCUCGCCGCGCACCCCACGACGCGGACCAACGCCGCGGGCAAGGUCGAGGUGAGCGUCCCGACGCUGUGGGAAGUCCUCAUCUACGGCCUGGCGCCCAUCUGGCCGGCGUCGCGCACCUCGCUCGAGGGUGUGGCCAUGGGCGACGUGUGGCCGUGCCCGCACCCGCUGCACGCCGAGGAGGGCAGCGCGGAGGCGUUGGUGCCGUUCCACAAGCUGAGCCAGUGGAUGUGCUACUCGAUCAUGGAGCCCAUCGAGCAGACGCUCGGCUGGACCUUUAUCGACGGCGACGACCAGACGGGCCUGCCCGAGUACCGCAACGGCGGGCUAUUUGUCGACCUGGGCGUCUUGGUGCCCAAGGACAGCCUGCUCGCCGCCUCCCAACCCACGCCCGUCAGCCGCGACGAGUGGGAGAGCGCGACGGCGCUGCCGCGCCUCGAGCCGCAGCACCCGGCCAUCGUCGAGUGGCGCGCCAUGACCGUCAUCCUCCUCGACCGGACCGCCGAGGGGAUCCGGACCAAGCUCGGACUGUCCAAGGACCAGCUCAACCUCAAACAGGUCCUCGAGAGCGCCACCUGGAAGGGCGGUCGGGAGAUUGCCAAGCACAAGCGACCCGCGUCCGGUGGCCCGCCCAUUGAGAUCAUCUCGGACGGCACCGUCUUCUAG